GCGCAACUUGAAUAACAGGUAUUUGUAAUUCAAUUGAUAAAUUUGUAAUUCAAUUAAUAGAUUUCAAUUGAGUAAAGUUUUCAGUUCGAAGACUGAAAACUGAAGAAUGGCGGAAGUUAAUGUUAACGACUUGAUCUUGCGACUGUUAAGCGUUGGACAACCGGAUAAAGGUCUCACAAAAACUGUUCGCGAACCUGAAAUCGCAUCGCUUUGUCGUGAGUCCUCUUUUAGAUAAAGCUCGCGAAAUUUUCAUGGCACAGCCAUCGUUGAUAGAAAUCGAUCCACCUGUUCGUAUCUGUGGUGAUACGCACGGUCAGUAUGGCGACGUAUUGCGAAUUUUUGGUCGUGGCGGUUUUCCUCCUCUUGCCAAUUACUUAUUCCUGGGUGAUUACGUAGACCGAGGACAUCAGAAUCUCGAAACUAUCAUAUUACUAUUUUGUUACAAGGUGAAGUUUCCAAAUAACUUCUUUUUACUCCGUGGAAAUCAUGAGUGUGCCAAUGUUAAUCGAGUAUAUGGCUUUUAUGAAGAAUGUAUGCGCCGUUUCAAUUCAGCCCAAUUAUGGCAAACAUUCCAGGAUACGUUUCAGUGCAUGCCAUUAACAGCACUGGUUGGUGAACGUAUAUUGUGCAUGCAUGGUGGUAUAUCUCCGCAGUUGAAAAGUCUUCAACAGUUGCGAGAAAUUAAGCGACCAAUCGAUGUCGUAAGUCCAUCCCUGGAAAUGGAUUUACUGUGGGCAGAUCCGGUAAUAGGUAUUAGUGGAUUUCAAAUGAAUAUGCGAGGCGCUUCUUUUGGAUUUGGAACUGAUAUUUUGGCUUCACUGUGUAAAGAAUUAAAUAUUGAUAUGGUAGCUCGUGCUCAUCAGGUUGUGCAAGAUGGAUAUGAAUUUUUUGGAGCCCGUAAAUGUGUCACAAUAUUUUCGGCACCUCAUUACUGUGGACAGUUCGACAAUGCAGCAGCAAUAAUGUCUGUGGAUCAAAACCUUUUAUGCUCAUUUCAGAUUUUAAGGCCAACCGUAGGUCGAGCUGCUACAAGAAUUAUACCGACUUCCAUGGGGAAAUGUUGAUUAUCUUGCUGUCAUUAUGUACCAAUAAAGAGUAAAAAAAGCACAGUGUCAUUUAUUACUACUUCCUUCAAAAAAUAAAAAAUAAAUAAAAGUUCC